AUGGUUUUCCUGGUUCUCUUCCACUUUCUAUCUGGUUUCAUUUUCAUUUUUUUUUGUAAAUAUGAAUUGACAGCAACGUUUUUUUUCCCAGGUAUCCAUUGCAACAUCAGCCAACAUAUGGACAAGAAUCACAAGAAAGUUCAUUAUCUAACUGAUAGCCAUGAACAGGAAUACCAUAAGGAAAAGGAAUGUUAUUUUGAGAAUGAGGUAUCAUCACAAGAAGAGAAACCUGGAACUAAAUUAAUCAUGGCAGAGGUCAAUGAAGUAGAUGAAAAAGAUGCAUCUUUUGAGGGAAACAACAAUGCAGCAUUGACCAUUGACACAGGACUAAAGUACCCUCAUUUCCUUAAAAUCUUUAAUGUGACUUUUGAGGUUGGACAAAACUGCCAUCACUCUGCACAUGAAUUUAACAUCCAAUGUUUCGAAAACGCCCCUCAUUCAGGACCUUCAUUUGAUGCCCCUGUAAAUCUCCCUGCUUGUAGGCGGCUAUCAACAGCAGCCAUAGAGCCAGUACCAGAGGACUGGACUGUGUGUCAACUAUAGAAGAUAGAGAGCUUGAAGAUAAAGAAAAAUGAUGGAAACUGGGGUUGAAGGUUAUUUCAUAUGGGAAGUUAGCUAGAUUCCUUUUAUCUGGUGGAGUCGAACGAUCAUAACAAUGACGACAUACCGUAUGCGUUCACUGUAAGUCUACCUCCACCGCACGUUGAGGUUCAGGCUAUUGGUUUCCAUUGUUAUUUCCUAAUUCGCUUCGUGUCCUCACCAUGACGUUCUAUACACGAAAGCAGACGUUCAGUGUACCGAAACUAGAUUAUAUAUAGGGAAGGUUUUAUCUAUGAACAAUACUAAAAAUGGGUAGUUGUCUAUAUUUUUUUUUUUU